AUCAUUGUUUUUUAUCCUUCAUAUCAUAGAACCUGGGCUCUUUACGUAAAUAUUGCCACUAUUGUUAUAUUGUGAGUUUUUACUGUUAUAGGGGAAUCCAAGUGCCCUUAAAGGUAUAGAACCUGAAACAAAAACAGAUAAAGUUUCAGAAUCUGACAAUGACUUGGACUCUGGUGAACCUGGAGAUGAACACCCUGAAUCAGAGACAGAAGAACUGUCAGGAUCGGACACUAAUUGGGACUCUGGUGAACCUAUAGAUGAGGACCCUGAACCAGAGACAGACGAACUGUCAGGAUCAGACACUGACUGGGACUCUGGUGAACCUAAAGAUGAGGAACCUGAAUCAGAGACAGACGAACUGUCAGGAUCAGACACUGAUUGGGACUCUGGUGAACCUGAAGAUAUGGAGCCUGAAUCAGAGACAGAUGAACUAUCAGGAACAGACACUCACUGGGACUCUAGUGAACAUGGAAAAGAGGACCCUGAAUCAGAAACAGACGAACCGUCAGGAUCAGACACUGAUUGGGACUCUGGUAAACCUGAAGAUGAAGACCCUGAAUCAGAGUCAGACAAACUGUCAGGAUCAGACAUUGAUUGGGACUCCGGUGAACCUGGGGAAGAGGACCCUGAAUCAGAGACAGGCGAACUGUCAGGAUCGAACACUCAUUGGGACUUUGGUGAACCUGAAGAUAUAGAGCCUGAAUCAGAGACAGAUGAACUGUCAGGAUCGGACACUGAUUGGGACUCUGGUGAAACCGCAGAAGAGGACACUGAAUCAGAGACAGACGAGCUGUCAGGAUCAGACACUGAUUGGGACUCUAGUGAACCUGAAGAUAUGGACCCUGAAUCAGAGACAGAAGAACUGUCAGGAUCGGAAACUAAUUGGGACUCUAAUGAACCUGAAGAUGAGAACCCUGUAUCAGAGACAGACAAACUCUCAGCAUCGGAUACUGAUUGGGACUCUGGUGAACCUGAAGAUGAGGACCCUGAAUCAGAGACAGAUGAAAUGUCAGGAUCGGACACUGACUGGGACUCUGGUGAACCUGGAGAAGAGGAACCUGAAUCAGAGAGAGACGAACUGUCAGGAUCAGACACUGAUUGGGACUCUGGUGAACCUGAAGAUAUGGACCCUGAAUCAGAGACAGACGAACUGUUAGGAUCAGGCACUGACUGGGGUUCUGGUGAACCUGAAGAUGAAGACCCUGAAUCAGAGACAAAAGAACAGUCAGGAUUGGGCACUGAUUGGGACUCUGGUGAAUCUGGAGAUGAGGACCCUAAAUCAGAGACAGAUGAACUGUCAGCGUUGGGCAAUGAUUGGGACUCUGGUAAAAUUGGAGAUAAGGGCCCUGAAUCAGACGGACUGUCAAGAUCGGGCAUUGACUGGGACUCUGGUGAACCUGAAGAUGAGGACCCUGAAUCAGAGACAGACGAACUGUCAGGAUCGGACACUGACUGGGACUAUGGUGAACCAGAAGAUAUGGAGCCUGAAUCAGAGACAGACGAAGUGUUAGGAUCAGACACUGACUGGGUCUCUGGUGAACCUGAAGAUGAGGACCCUGAAUCAGAGGAAGACGAACUGUCAGGAUCCAACACUGAUUGGGAUUCUGGCAAACCUGAAGAUAUGGAGCCUCAAUUAGAAACAGAUAAGCUAUCAUUGGACACUGAGUGGGGUACCCAAAAAAAGAAUGUCGAUAGCAAAGAGUUGGUCAUUUCAAGUGAAUUGAACAAACUGCUGAAACUCAAGCACAUCAAUUUGGGAAAACAUCUUUCCAAGAAAGUUGCACACCUGCUGAAAUCAAGACCAAGCCUAUUGGCCUCUUUUCAUAAGGAAUUAAAGGAUGCCAGCCAUCAUUCUUCUAAAGUGAGAGAUGCUCAUUUACGUGGAUUGCCAAAGUCAAUGCAUGGGAUAACCAUGAAUGCAAACGAACAGGGUCCAGAGAUUGAUGACCUAGUGAGUAACAGUGCACCUGAAGAUAUGGAGCUUCAAUCAGAAACAGAUAAUCUGUCAUCGGACACUAAAUGGGGUUCCGGUGCUCCUGAAGAUGCGGACCCUGAAUCACAAGCAGAUAAAGUGCCAUUGUCUGCCAUUGAGUGGGACGCUGGAUCACCUCAAACUCGUGAACCUGAAUUGAAGCACAAUGUAUUUUCAUCACCGGAUAUUGAGUCAGAUACUGCUGGAGUUCCAGGAGCAGUGGAAUCCAAAAUAAUGCUGCCGGAACGAUCUCAGUUAUCCUCGCAAGAUAACCCAGAAUCUGUCCCAUCAGUGGAAGCCCCUGAACAGGACACAGUUAAAAAACAGAAAUUGAAAUUGCCCACAAAAUAUCCCAAUACUGUGGUUAUGAAAAAGCUUCUUUUCAAAGACAAGGAAUUCGAGACAAAAAAAGCGAAUGGUUUGCCACUGGAAAUCCCAAAGAAAUCUCAUGGGAAAAAUGGUCAUGUAAAUCUCAAUAUUAGAUUGGAGUCACUUGGUAAUCAGGGUGUUCAUACCAAGAAAGGAAAAAGGAAAAAUUCAGAAAAGGAAAGUGAAGGAGCUGUUGCUAGGGUUCUAAUUACGUUAUUCGUCGUUGGAGGACUGUUGGUGGUAUUAUUGAUGGCUGCCUGUUUCACGUUUGCUUGGCCACUGAGAGAGUAUUAUCAACAGUUAUCCCAGCGAGUGAACAACAGAGACGUGGAAUCUGGGCAGGGUGAUGGCCAUGACCUCCAGAGUAUCAGAGUGGAUAGAAACCAACCUCCAGCAAGUCAACCUCAGCUUUACUACUCAACUUAUCGGCCGGAACCUACGUCAGUGAAUCCAGGAAAUAGCCGCAAUGUACCUGUGAGUGACAGGCAGGCCUACUCCCGUGGAGGGGUGCAAGCUUAUCAAACCACAAGCGCACACUACAAGGGCAAGGAAAAGACAAAGGAUGACGUUAUUUCUGACGACAAGAAGAGGGACCCUCGAAAUGUGGAAAGGAGGAAGAUUAUCAAACAGCAAACUUCCCAAAGAAGAACCUCGUUUGCUGACAGCAUCGCUAUCGCCAAAUCAGUUAUCGAUGGGCAUUCUAAGACCAAACAGUUCGAGAAGAAGGCCUCUGAAAGGCGGCGAGUGAUCAAACAAUCGUCAUCCACUCCUGGCUCAUCAACUGGCGAGAAACAACGGUCUUUUAUCCAAGAGCUUGAAACCGCUUGUUCGGUAAUAUUGCCAGGCGCUGAUCACCAAAAGAGUGUGGAAAAGUCAAAGGACAGACGUCGCACAAUUAAGGAUCAAUCUGCUGGAAAGAGACGGCGAUCACUGGCAGAGGAGAUUGGAGAUGCUAAGAAAGUUAUUGUGGAUAGUGAGAGGAAGUACGAAAUAUCACCUGCUGUAGUGGAGGAGAUGACUGUUGGACAAAAGCCACGUACUUGCGAGAGCUACAGCUAUUCUGAUAUACUGGACCUCCCCCUAUUUAAGGAUAAGCGGUCUGCACCAGAGGCAUCUAAGGCUAAGAGAGCUGCCCAGAGUCGUGAUGUUGACAAGUCUACAAGAGGUUUGCCUGGACGCCAGCAGGUCAGGAAUAAUAAGUCUGCAUCGAAAAGGAGUACUUCUAAAGCUGACCAAAGUGAGGAUGUUGAAGAGAUGAGCAGGGGCUUGUCUGGGCUUGUAUUCGACAGCGAUGAUGAGGCUGCCUGGGAUCAAGUUUGAAGAUGAUGAUUAAGACUCCAUGUUUGAAACUGAGUUACCGAGGAAUUUGUGAAAAUGUUUUGGACCUAAAAAUUGUCUGUAGAUUUCUUGAAGAUGUUCUAAAAACUGUUUAUUUAUAAAACAAAACAAAAAAACUGCUCAUAACCUUAAAGUGCUUGUCAGUAUAUCAAGUCUGUGAAAACCGUGCAUCAAGAUAAUCUUGUGAAAGUGGCCUAUCUUGAGCUUAAUAACACUUGUGAGUUUGUAAAACUGUGGACUUUUAUGAAGAUGGAGUUGUAAAACCUGUUUCAAAACGUUCUGUGAGUUUAUAAUAAAAGUCUUCGGACUACAUGAAAAUGUUGUUUGUGACGUCUACUACCUUUUAAACUUGCUAGCGAUACAUUUUGAACAGACGUUACCAAAAUCAGUGCAGUUUUUAAUAGCUUGUGCUGUGGUGAAAUCAAGGAUAAAUGUCGCGUCCAUCAGAAACCCAAAUACACCCUAGCCGGCU